GUAGCAGAAAGUGAGGCUGGCAGGCGGCGGCAAAGGAGCCGGCGAGCAGCGGCGGCAGGAAGUCUGUGCCCGAGACGAGCAGAAAUAAGAGCCAGGGAGGGACCGCGGCGGCGAGAGCGAAAGAGGAAACUGCAGAGGAGGAAGCUGCCGCAGCCCCGCAGCCCCGCGCCGCGCCGCGCCCCCGGCGCCCCCUCCCCAGCGCGCCCCCGGCCGCCCCGCGCUCGUCGGCCAUGGCCCGGGAGAACGGCGAGAGCAGCUCCUCCUGGAAGAAGCAGGCUGAAGACAUCAAGAAGAUCUUCGAGUUCAAGGAGACCCUCGGAACCGGGGCCUUUUCCGAAGUGGUUUUAGCUGAAGAGAAGGCGACUGGAAAACUCUUCGCGGUGAAGUGUAUCCCUAAGAAGGCGCUGAAGGGCAAGGAGAGCAGCAUAGAGAAUGAGAUCGCCGUCCUGAGAAAGAUUAAGCAUGAAAACAUUGUUGCCCUGGAAGACAUCUAUGAAAGCCCAAAUCACUUGUACCUGGUCAUGCAACUCGUGUCCGGGGGAGAACUGUUUGACCGGAUAGUGGAGAAGGGAUUUUACACAGAGAAAGAUGCCAGCACUCUGAUCCGCCAGGUCUUGGAUGCCGUGUACUAUCUGCACAGAAUGGGCAUCGUCCACAGGGACCUCAAGCCUGAAAAUCUGUUGUACUACAGUCAAGAUGAGGAGUCCAAAAUAAUGAUCAGUGACUUUGGAUUGUCAAAAAUGGAGGGCAAAGGAGAUGUGAUGUCCACAGCCUGUGGGACCCCAGGCUAUGUCGCUCCCGAAGUCCUCGCCCAGAAACCCUACAGCAAAGCAGUCGACUGCUGGUCCAUCGGCGUGAUCGCCUAUAUCCUGCUCUGUGGCUACCCUCCUUUUUAUGAUGAAAAUGACUCCAAGCUCUUUGAACAGAUCCUCAAGGCAGAAUACGAGUUUGACUCCCCCUACUGGGAUGACAUCUCUGACUCUGCCAAAGACUUCAUUCGGAAUCUGAUGGAAAAAGACCCAAAUAAAAGAUACACCUGUGAGCAGGCGGCACGGCACCCAUGGAUCGCUGGUGACACAGCCCUCAACAAAAACAUCCAUGAGUCCGUCAGCGCCCAGAUCCGGAAGAACUUCGCCAAAAGCAAAUGGAGACAAGCGUUUAAUGCCACAGCUGUCGUGAGACAUAUGAGAAAACUACAUCUUGGCAGCAGCCUGGACAGUUCCAAUGCAAGUGUCUCCAGCAACCUCAGUCGGGCCAGCCAAAAAGAUUGUGCGCCUGGCACCUUCCACGCUGUGUAGUUUCAUGUCCUCUUCGUCAGGGGUCUCAGGAGUCGGAGCUGAGCGGAGACCCAGGCCCACCACUGUGACGACAGUGCACACGGGAAGCAAGUGACUGGCUCUGGAGGUGGGGGCCCCGGGGCGGGGCUGGGGAAGGGGAGCCCCAGGGUCGCCGGUGCCGCGAGCCCCUCCAGCGAGCCCCCCAUCUUGCAUGGUGCACCUCCUUGCAUCGGACUGGAAGACAGAAGUUUUUUUUUAUGGCCAUAUUUUAUACUGCGAUUCUGAAGUGUUCAUUUCUCACAAACUGUACUGACUCACGGGGAGCCGACCUAACAGGACCUGGUGCUGUACAUACGCGUCUGGCCAAGCUGUGUCUGAACGGGCCUCUCAUCCCUCUGCCCCGGCGCCACCGUCUCCACUCUCCUCGGCUUAGGUAACUGUCUAUGGUGUAUUUUUUCAUUCAUGACAAAAAAAAUGGUUUCAACUGGAUUAUUUAAAUAUUGGUAAAUAUUGUGCAUUAGGGUUUUUUUUUCCCUUUUAAGAAAUAUGUCCUUUUGACUGUAUCUCUCAGUUAUAUGAUCUAUAUCUUUUGCUCCUUAAUAGUGGUUUUAUGUUAACCUAUAAGAGAUUUUUUUUCUUUUCCUCCAAGGGGAAUUUAAAGGUAUUUUUAAAAAUUCUAAUAAGAGAAUCGAGACUCUGUCUCCAAGGCUAAGAGUGCACUUUACUGCCAUUCCUUCUGUCGUCCCCCCUUCCCCGGGCAGAGAGUCCCUGAGAAGACAGCUCGGCAGUUCUGCCAGGCUGGGUUCUCUCCAGGGUGGCUCUGGGGAGGGGGGAACUGCAGCAGAAUUUCCCGAGCAGCCCCCAGCCCCUAGCAGACCCCAGGCCAACCAGCGACCAGAGGGGCUUCUCGCCGUCAGCCGUCAGAGACAGAGAAGCCACCCAGGGCUAAAGGUCACGGGCCAGACUUGCCGUGAGACGUCCACGGUGCAGACACGCACGAGCCUCCCGCACGAAAGGAACGGGCUGCCGUUCAGUUUCAAGUGAACCCACCCACGACCCUCGUUUCUCACGAGAGGUGACAGAUGAAAGCUCUGAUCUCAGCUAUGCAGUUUUAAAAUGAAUCUCUCUCUCUCUCCUCUCUGUUUUUUAAAAAAUACAUUUCUAACCUUAUGCUUCAGAUGGCCUCCAACACACACAAGUUGUUUCUGCACAGUUUUACCCGAUGCUUAGAUGAAUGUUUUCCGAGGGAAGGAGGGAUUCUAAACGAGCCUCUGUCUGUGAUGGUGCAUGCAGUGAGUUUGAAAGUAUCUUACCUGGGAAGUGCAGAACGGCUGGAAGGUGGGCCCUGGUGCAGGUUCUUAGCUGUACUUGGCCUGUGGACACAUCAGGUCUCGGUCACAUCGUGUGAGGAGACGGUGACUGGUUUCAGCCCAAGAGUAGACUCUGUGGAAGAUGACAUCAGGAAGACCAUAGUGCGGUGAUGCCACCAGGCUUAGGAUGCUUCCUGUUGCUUUAGAAAGCAAAGAGCCUUUGCUUUUCUGAGAGGGCCUCGUGAUACAGGGCAGAGGUUCUCUGUCGGCUGCACUUGGUGCGGUUUGUUUUAUCGCAGAAGGGGAAGAGAACCAGAAUGAAGACCCAACAGAGGGGUGGCAAAGCCCUAGACCCCUCACUGGUGUCACUAGUAGUAGCUGAGCACCCCACGUGCUGGGGGAAGGGACAGGUCCCUGUCACAAGCUGCUUUCCUGACCCCAAGCCCCUCGUUUUGUCACUUCCUCUUCUCGGAGCAAGUGGAUUUUCUUUUCUCACUUGAACAUUAAGUUUGGAAAUAGUGGCCGGGAAUGGCCUUCCCGUCUGUCCCUCCCUCCCAUGCAACUAGAGAAGAUGACAUCCAUUGAGACAAACCGUGGGUGGCACCACACUCAGGCUUGUCGCGCUUAGCCCGGGUGGGCCUGGGGUCUGGGCUGCUGUCUGCUCCAGAGCCCCCCUUGCUGGUGGGCACACGGGAGAGCAGAGGCUGCCCGGUUAGACAGACUGCACCUCCAGCCACCUUGUGGCUCCUGCAGUGGGCAGCAGCUGGUCCCCAGCUCCCACUGUCCCGGCCUGCAUAGGAGAGAAAGAUCAUCUCCUCUUCACAUCUCCUUUCUGAAGAAUUUAAGGAACUAUGCAGAAAGCAAGCCAAGAAAAAAGAGAAAGAAAGAAAGCAUGGCUUAGUGUUCUGGACUGUGGCCAUGAUUCUGGUCACUUCUAAAAUCUCACCUCAAGGACAGGAAGCAGCCUCCCCCCAGACCCCCAGCACAGAAGCCUGUGACCUUUGAGAGUGCCCCACUCUCCAGCCAGCGCUUGGCGGGGCCUCCAGGGACCCGGCAGUCAGACCAGAGCAAAAGAAGAUGCCCGCGGCCGAACAGGCCAAGGUUUGGCUCUGAGAAAACAUCAGUCUGAUUAAAGGCAUUUGGCACAGAGAGCCCCAGCCUCAGUUUACCCACCCGGCACUCAUCUCAUGUCCUUGGUGCCCAGCCUGUCCUGGAUGGAUUGUGGGCAGGAGGGGGGACUCCCCUUUAGAACGGAGUCACGAACACCAGGCACAUGGGGGAGGGAGCCCAGGUCACCCCUCAUGAAAGCAGGUUGAUCUCAUCCACGGGAUGCCAGGUUAAUCUGAUUAGCCCACAUUGAGCAAUUCCAUAUAGAAAGAAAAUAUCCUAGCGGAAGUGGAUUUAGUUUUUAAGGCUCUGGGCACCAGGCCCCUUGGCCCCCCCAGAGCCUUGGCCAGAAUCCGUUCUUCACGCUGGGGAAGCCGCACUUGAACCUCUGCUCCAGGCUGAAGACGGGAGAGCUGGGGCUACUGCCCGGCUUCAGCCAGCAACUCCGCACCUGGCGCCAUCCCCACGGGUGCACUGCGGGGCUCCUUUGGGUACGAGAAAGGGAAGCAGAGGCCGGCAUGGGCAGCUCCUCCCGUUUUUCAUAAACAGAAAUUCGAUGUCCUCUUCCCCAGGGUGGCCCCGUCACUUCCGGCAAAGGAAGCGAAGGUCCCCUGGUGGAGCCAGUGCACGCCCCCUCUGCAUGUCCUGACACAGUGCUCCCUCCCCACUCUGCCUCCUCACACUCUGCAAAGUUUGCCUUUUCCUGAAACAUUCCAGACCAAACACUGUUCAGUUUGUUUUUAAAAAAAAAAAAUGUAUAUACCUGUAUGUAAUCCACCACUCUUUUGGGGGAGGGGGGUACCUGGUCCUACGUUGGGGCUGCAGGUCUUGCCUGACUUUUGCAAAAGGUGGUCCAAUCCCUUCGAUUUUCAGAAUUGAAAAUGUGGAGCUAGAAAAGCUGAACUGGGGAAACAGGUUCCUAAAAGGGGGGGCUUAUUUCCUGAAGACUCCAAGGAAAUUCGUGUGCAGAUGAGUUUGCUUAACAACCUCAGCUGGGGGGAGUGGGCAGUUUGGAGAAAGAGGACAAUACGGACCCAUGCCCCACUCUCCCGGCACCUUGGUGGUCCCAGUGCAUGGCGGUCCGCAGCCCCGGUGUGUGCAGGAGCCCAGCCCCGCCGUGAAGUCUGCCCUGCAUGCUGGCCGAGGCCCAGCCACCUCCCGAUGCCUCCAGAUGCAGCAGGAAGGAGUCAGCCCUUCCCUGACUCCCCUGCCACCUCCAGUGGAACAGCUCAGCUCGUGGCUCUGGGGGGGCUCUGCUUUUGCAAAUCCAAAAAGGCUGUGCAUUUGGAAGCCAAACGCUCAGCAUGUGGCUGCCAAGUCUGGUCUUGUGGACAAAGCAAACCGUGGAAUGGCUUCUCGGUGUCUGUGUCCUUCUACACCAAAGGGACAAGCCGUUGCACUCACCCCUUUGUACUAACGCCGCUUCUGCACUCGCCGUUCCGUUUCUAACCUCGUCGCCGGAGAACUCAUAUGAUGAUUAUGUCUUCUGAUGAUUUGCCAUAUUAUUUUACUUACAGGUGAUUUUAUUUUCUUAUGGACAGGAAAAAAGAAAAAGAGGAGUGUUUGAGGCUUCAGUCUUAGAGAUAAGACCUCAGCAGGGACUCACGAGCCCCAAACACUAGUUAAAUUGCUUCUCCAAGGAAAAUCUCAGCCUGGACUGAGAUUCCCCGGGCCCCCUGGAAGCCCUGUAAUUUGGGGUGCAAGGGUCCUGGGGCGUGGUUGGCAGCCAGGCUGCAAGUGAGCUAAGAGGGAACAAGAACAUCAGCUCGGAUGUGUGUCCCGCAGCCCUGACACCUGCCACUGUCCUUCCCCGGACACUUGGCCCUGUCAGUGGCACGAGACGCUGUCCAGCUGGCCACAGACAUGCUGUGACUUUGUAGCAGCCUCUUUGUUUUGAAAGAUGGGGCGGCAUGUUUCAGAGAACAUUUGUCUUAGUCCCAUAUUAAGGUGAGAAGACAUCCAAGGUACACUCUGUCCACAAUAAACAUUGGAACAGUUUCUAAAUUGGCUGUAGUCGCUACACAUAAUGUAACAGCCCUUCUUUCUACCCCCCCAACAGCGAGCAUGUUUUCCAAAAAUUACAAUGUCAAAACCAGGAAUGUCCCCGUGUCUACUAUUACCAGGCUUGCAAUUGGUUCAAUUUUUCCAUAAAAACAUAUUUGUCCAAAAGAAGGGAAACUGUGCAUUUAUUUCCAUGCAUGUAACAAACUCUGCAAGAAGUUUAACCCACAAUAGGUUUGCGGCACUGCUAAAUUGUUCAUGGGUCUAUGUAGCAAAUGAUUCUCUGCCUUGACAAUCAUGUAUACAUAUCAAGAUUUCUAUCAUAAUGAUAACGAGAUUGAUGACUUCUUGUUUUCCUCCAAUAAAGACAAUUAAUCACCUUCAA